AUGCGCGACCUGACCAGAGAGCGGGAGUGCUGGGCGCAUUCAGCAGCCGGAGGUGCGCCGGAGGAGAAGAUAGGGCAAGGCCAGAGCGGCAAUGUUAUUCUUCCUGUUUUCUUCCCCGCCCUCGCUUUCGAACGGGUGCGUCAUAUCCGUUUCCCCGCAGUCCCCCCCUUUAUUUUCUGGCGGGCUGUAGAGCACGGAAGAGUGAGAGGGAUGGUGAGCGACGACUGCGAGGCCGAGUUCCCCGAGCAGUUCCGCUCCUACUCGGAAAACGACAAGCACUGGCAGGCGCGGCGUGCCUUCAUCGUGCGCAAUUAUCCGCCGGGAGAUGGGGAGGCGCUCUCUCCGCUCCGCGUGGACCAGCUGCUCUCGCUCUCUAUGGUUUGGGCCAAUCACAUCUUCAUGGGAUGCAGGUACCGCCCCAUCUCCCUCCCGCCUUCCAAAGGACUAGCGGCAUGUGGCGGCAGAAUCUAACUUCCGCUCCCUUUUUUUUUAACUUAUUAAAUUUAUAUACCGCCUUUAAUCCAAAGACCACAGGGCGGUUUACAACAUAAAUCACAAAACACAUUAUAUAAUAAUAGUUUAAAAAAGGAGACAAUACCCACCCCACGUGCUUUCACAGGCACGCACACAUGGUUCCCUUCCAUAUUUGCCCACCUGCGAGUUUUUUAACAGUUGCUGAUGCUGAGAGUUGCAGCUAACAUGUCUGUUUCUGUCCGUGGAAAUCCCCUUGCUUCUGUGGCCAUAUUGUAGGGUUUCAGUAUAAAAAUAUUAUGUGACUCAGGUGUUGAAAGGCUCCAAUGCAGCAGCAGCAGCAGCACCCUAUACUUGUUUACAGUACUUAGAAGUUACAGCAAGCCUCGAUCUUGCUGUGUUUAAAGGAGAGGGUAAAGAUUGCAGCCGCAGUGGCAACAAUAUUUCCCCUGCUAAAACUGAGCAGAUACAUUUCACACUUCAGUACAGUGGUACCUCAUGUUACAUACGCUUCAGGUUACAUACGCUUCAGGUUACAGACUCUGCUAACCCAGAAAUAGUGCUUCAGGUUAAGAACUUUGCUUCAGGAUGAGAACAGAAAUCUGGCUCCGGCAGCGCAGCGGCAGCAGGAGGCCCCAUUAGCUAAAGUGCUUCAGGUUAAGAACAGUUUCAGGUUAAGAACAGACCUCCAGAACGAAUUAAGUACUUAACAUGAGGUACCACUGUAAUCUGUUCCAGGCAUUGUUAGGAGAAACUUAAUAAAAUUUACUUCCUAACUGCUUGGCUUGGUGGGGGAAUAAUGAGAGGAAUUCAGUGCAGUGCUAAACAAAUUGCUCAGAGCAGUGCAAGCAUUUCUGCUUUCCUGAUGAAGCAGUGUGCCCUCUCUUGGUGGUUUUCCUGACACCCCCACCACCAGCAGCCAAUUGGGGGUUGGGGUUGGAGUUGCAGGGAGGAAACUCAAUUGUGCUAAUGAAGGUCCCUUGCACACAGGUUUUCACUGGCAGGACUUGUUUGUUGAAUCCGUUCCUACAUAUAUAAGUGAAGCACACAAGGGAGGUUGGUCUUGCAGUGCAAUUAAAAUCCAAGAAGAAGACUGAGUUGGUCUAGAUAGAAGAACCCAGUUUUCCUCACUCACCCUUUCAGCCUUUUCUACCUUUAAUGUAUGCUGCAGUUUCAGCUGCUAAAAUUACAAGGCUAAACUUUUUAAAAAUCACACUUGGAUUGUGAGUAUUGAGAACCGAGAGGAACAGCAAAAUAUUGGACAAAUAUUUCAUUUACUCUUCUUUUUAUUCAGCUACAACAAAGAUCUCUUGGAGAAGGUAACUGAAAUGGCUGAGGGAAUUGAAGUUGAAGAUGCACCACAUUUCACAACCCGUGAUGAGAUAAUGAAAAAGGUGAAUAUUCAUGAUUUGGGAACUCUUGGGGUGGGGAACCUGAAAUGCUGAAGGGACCUACUUUUGAAAAUACUGAAACUGGUUAGGAUCAGAAUAGGAUCUCCUAAUACACAUAAUUAAUUCAAUUGGAAAGAGAAUGUUGUCAUCCAUUAUUGAGUAUUUUAUUAUAGCUCCCCAAAAGUAACCUAGUUCUCUCUUGAUCUUAGUGUUCUAGUACUUUGGAAAAACUGCUUUCAUGCAGCACAUUACAUUGCAAAGCCGCCAUUGGAUAGAACCCUUUGACUUUAUUUACAUUAACUUAUGUAACCUGGUGCCAUUAUAAAUUAAACAUUUUCUGUCUUUAUGGUUGCAGGGAAAAGUGUGAAUACAUGCAUGCAGCUUUAGGGAAAGCUGAAAAAAAACUAGAGGUAGGUUAAAGACUACCAACAUCCCUAGUUUCCCUUUGCCUAAUAGUUCUUCGACUUCCUUUACCCAAAUCCUAGUUGUCCUUAUUUUCCAAAGCUCUAUUCCACUAGAUCAAAUUUUAACUAUUCACAAAAUGUGCAAUUUUGAGCAAAUGUUGCACCUAAUUGCAUUUUGAUAAUUGCAUGGCACUACUGCUUACUAAAAUACUAUGGAAAAUUGUCCCUGUAGACAAUACAUAGUAUUGUGCUAAGCAUAUGGUAGAGGAGGUGAAAGCCAGUUUGAUCUGUUGUGACUUAAGUGUCAGGAAAAGAAUCAAAACUAUGUAAUGUGACAGGUAUGUGCUGAUCAGACUGUCUGCUUGGUUGUAUUAAAAAAGUCAUUAAAAUCUGUUUUAGUAACGCUAACAUAUGAUAAUGCAGUGUCCCAGGGCUCACUUACAAUCAUUUCAAUAUAUAGUAGCCAUAGGGGAAAGCCAGUGCUGACUUCAGCAACUCAGGUCAUGGCAAGAUUUAUUAUUUAUAUUAUGCAUAGUUGUGUGCACAUGCCACUUAACACCCACAGCUGGCCUUACACAACUGUAAUACAGUAGUAACUAGUGUUGAUGUUGAUGGCCUAUGCAGGUUGGAGCUGAUGUGUGUUGGAGUACCACAGCAUCUGGUAGGCAGGCCAGCUGCCAAGGGCUGAAAUGGUUGUAUGAAUUAGUCUGGACUUAUUUACUUGUUAAUGACUUAUUUUAGAAUCACUUACAAGUGAGUAAACUGGGAGUACGGCUUUCGUUCAUCCUGCAGGAGAUACAUAAUAAAUUACAAACUUUGAGAAUGAUCAUGCCGUGCUACAGGAUUUCUUAUUGCUGAGGUGCCUUAUUUAAUGCAUGACUAAACUAAACAUUUUAAAUAAUAAUUUCAUUAUUUCAGAUAGAUGCCAUUGUGAUUGGCUUAACUACCCUCUACUGCACACUUUUCUUUUUCUUUUUCUUUUUCUUUUAGAAUCAACACUAGUGUCCAAGAGAAGAGAUGUCAAGCUUUCAUUAUGCCACACAAUCGGCUUAACGUGGAAGACUGCAAUCCUGACACUGCAAGAAGGAUCACUUCCAAGAUGCAUUUUAAAUAAGGCUAUAUUUACACUGGAUACUGAUUUUAAUGGGGGUUUUUAAUUAAAAAAAUGUAUAUCUUGAUUCAGAUUUUAAAAGGUACUAAAGACUCUUAUUCUUCCCGUUUUGAUCACCCAGCACAGAAAAGCCCUUCCAGAAAUUGGUAUGGGGGCCUGGUUCAAAGGUCUUCCCCCAGGUUCAAGAGUCUUAACAUGUAACAUGUUUAGCAGAUUGUCUUCUCUGUGUACUGGUUUGCUAAAGAUGAGGAGAAGGACCAGCUGCUCUGAGCAGAGAAGCAAAUACUGUAUCUAGAGCAGCCAAAGUGCAAAUAUGCCUGUCUGUCUCUGCUUUGUGGUGGCAGGGAGAGUAGGCACUAGGAUACAAGUGGUGCCUGCUCCAUGCCCAGGUUCUUGACAAGAUCAAUAUGCCUGCUCACUUACUGGAGACCAGCAGUUAUGUGGUGGAGAGAUGGCUAGAUGGGGAAGUAGGUGUCACCAGAGGCUUAAUUUGGCAGAUGGCAUCAGCAGUAGGAAGGUGGUGAAGGUUGGUGUCUUUUUGGUUAUCUUGCCAAGGUGGCACAGGAGGAUGGUCAUAGGAUCGUAAGAAUACUGAGCACGAAACAGUGGCUUACUGUGUCCUAGGUGGUUUAGGCAUUUUAAAGGAUGUCAUCAAGGGACUUGUCAAUGUUUCUGUGACCCUUGGGGGGAUAGAGUGUAGAGCAGAGCUUUCCAAACUUUUCAUGUUGGUGACACACUUUUUAGAUAUGCAUCAUUUCGUGUCACAGUAAUUCAGCUUUACUAGCAAACCAGAGGUCAAACUAACUCCUUUCCAGCCCUGCGAGGAGUGUGGGGAGCAUUCGUGUGACACACCUACACGCUGCAGCCGACACACAAAUCUGUCACGACAUACAGAUUGGAAAGCUCUGAUGUAGAGCAUUGUGACCUGCUAUCUGGCUAACCUCAUUAAGCAGGGCCUUUGACUUGCUGGGUACACAAGGUGCAUAUCUGACUAGAUGUAGCUAUAAUGCUUAAGGGUUCUGUGAUCAGGAUGAGAAGGAGCAGGCUGCAAUCACUCUCGCAUCAAGGAACUACUUGCUUGUCAUAAAAAAAUGCACACACAACCAGGAAACAAAAAUUACAAUAAUUCAUGAACAAUUAAAACACCCAACAGCAAACACCUGCUGGUUAUUCGCAACAGUGAAUCUCUUGAGUAAAUGAAUUGUAUUGUCAGUUAACUGCUUUCAUUUAAGUGACAGUUUCUGUCUUUGGUCUUUCAGAGUUCACUUUUCUCUGUGCUCUCUCUCUACUCUUCCUUCUUCUGUAUCCUUCAUUAGAUCCCUUUUCCCAUCUUCUUUAUAACUUUGCUGCUUCCCCUUGUGUCUUCUCUCUGGCCUCUUACUUUGCUCUGCCCCAACUGUACUUCCUUCACUGAGACUCACUUCCACCACCACCAUUCCAUGCCCCUCCCAGAUGCAUUGCUUGUGUUCUAAAGUCAUUAGGAGCUGACCUUACAUUUGCCCUGCUCUAAUGAUACCUAUCCUCAUGUACCCCGCAUGACUGUGUUUGUCCCUUUAAGCUAGUCAGAGCCACAACUUAUCCCCUGUCGUGAACAAGAGAUUCCACCACUCUCAUGAACUCUAGAGGGAAUGUCUCUUUGGGGCUUCUUGGAGUGCCAAAGACUCUUGUCUCAAAGUCAAAAUCAGUGGAGCUAACCCCUUGUCCCCUAUUUGUAGGCAUCCCAAACCAUUGCUUUGUGGGAAUUUCACUUAAGGUCACCUUGACAGCAUUACGAUUCUCAUAAGAACCUAAUAAUACCCCUGCUGAAUCAGUAGCCCACCUAGUUCAGCAUUCUGUUCUCACAGAGACCACUCAGAUGCCCAUGGGAAGUCAGGAAGCAGGACCUGAGUGCAAGCACACUCUCCUGUGGCUUCCAGAACCUGGUACAGUGGUGCCUCGCAAGACGAAAUUAAUCCGUUCUGCGAGAGUCUUCGUCUAGCGGUUUUUUCGUCUUGCGAAGCAACCCUAUUAGCGGCUUAACGGAUUAGCGCUAUUAGCGGUUUAGCGGCUAUUAAAGGCUUAAAGGCUUAGCGGAUUAGCUGCUAAAAGGCUAUUAAAGGCUAUUAAAGGCUUAGCAGAUUAGAUAAAGGGGCGAAAAGCGAAAAAAAUCUCAAGACUUGCAAGACAUUUUCGUCUUGCGAAGCAAGCCCAUAGGGAAAUUCGUCCUGCGAAGCAACUCAAAAACGGAAAACCCUUUCGUCUAGCGGGUUUUCCGUCUUGCGAGGCAUUCGUCUUGUGGGGCACCACUGUAUUGAGAAGCAUAUUGCCUCCAACUGGGGAGGUACAAGAUAGCAAUCGGGGUCAGUAGCCUGAACUUCUCUUCCAUAAAUUUCUGAUCCUCUUUUUUAAACGUCAUAAAGCUGUUGACUAUCACUGCCUCUCAUGGGAGUGAAUUCUUUAGUUCAUGUGUUGUGUAAAGAAGUAGCUUUAUUUGUCCUGAAUCUUUUGAUAUUCAGCUUCAUUGGAUCUCCAUGAGUUCUAGUUUUAUGUGAGGGGAAAAAAGCUUUUAUCCUCAAUUUUCUCCAUGUUAUGCAACUGUUAUGUUGCCAUUUACUUGCCUCAUCUCUAAACUAAAAAGCCCCAAAUGCUGUGAUCCUUUACUCAUAUGGGAGUUUAUCCAUUCCCUCAGUCAUUUUGGUUCCCGUUUUCUAAACCUUUGCCAAUUCUAUGAUACCCUUUUUGAAGUGAAGCAACCCAAACUGAGGCAGCCACUUGCAGUACCACACCUUUUUGCUUCGUCUCAGUACAUUGCACCUGCUUGCUGGGGACUUUACCUUUGUUCUAGCAUCCAGCUGCUCUUCCAGUUGUACUGUCCUUGCUUCCAGAACAGUGAUGGAAGACUUGUAUUUAAACUUUGGAGCAUUCUUCAUUUCCUGCAGCUUGGCCUUAAACUCCUUGUUCAGAUGCUGAAGCUGCCGGUGAGCAUUUUCAUUCUUCAUGGGCUUUACUAUCCUCUAUGUCUAGGUCUGCUUUUAUCUGGUCAAUCUGAAGAUCUGCUUCCUUUAGAUACAGCUCAGGAUUGAAUUGUUCUUCCUCCAGUUCUUCUUCAAGCAGAGCUAUCCAAGCCUUCAGGCACUGCAAUCUCAUCCCUCUCUUGCUGUGCCUGACAUUUAGCAUGUUCAACAGCUGCAAGUUCCUCCUUCAAACCGAAUAAUCUCUGCUCCCAUGAAAAGGAGUGUGCCAAAUGUCAGACGCAGCAAGAGAGGGAUGUCUUCUCGUCCUCAAUGGCCUGUGUUAACAUUUCAUGUAAGUAUCAUUCAUCUGUGCAUUUAAUCUUUCAUUUGGGCCUGCAAUUUGCAGUGUUGUUUGAUGGCUGCCUCAUGAUUCUUGCUAGCAAAGUCCCUUUGGGCCUUCAGAUCCAUUAUUACAUCUGUUUCCAGCCUCCAGGCAGCCACAGCCAUGGAGUGCUGCUCCCUUUCCUCUUCCCACUCCACUUCCAUGUCUUGCACCUGUCUCAUCAGCUGCUCCAGAGCUCUGUUUGACUUUUCCAACUAAUGAACACUCUUGCCAGCAUCAUUUUUCUCCACUGGCAAUGUGCCCUGCUUUACCACAUCUUUGGCAGAUAGGCCUGCCAUCUUCAUCAAGUUUAUCCUGUAACCAACAGUCCCUUCUGCUGUGUCAUGGCUCUGUUCUUCAGCCUUGUAAACGCUGUGCGUCAGACCUGCUUUCAACUUUUGCAUCUCCCUCUGUAUCUUUUCCAGCAUCCUCUUCCUGCUUUCAGUUGCUUCAGCUCCUUCCAUCUUGCCUCUUCCUCCUCUCCAUCUGUGCACAAUCAGCAUGGCUGGACUUUUGUUGCAAUGCACUGAUACAGUCAAAAGCCCUGGCAAAAUUCUCUACAAAAGCCUUGUUUUGUUUUCUGUAAAGCUGAGAAAUCAUUCUCCUAAAAAUCCCAGAAGGAUGUUUCCCCAUUUGCCGAGAGAGCCAUUUUAGUUUAAUAAUGCUAUGCGGAACACAAACCCCUUCCAGAAAUCUCUCGACCAUUUGUUGUGCCUUGGGUCCUCACUUGCUUCCAGCUAUUGAAUUUCUCCUAAAGCCCCCAAAAGCCCUGGGGCCUAUUCCCUCAAAUGUUCAGUGGAACCCUGAAUUGUUAAAUAGAACCUUUCAAACACGCACACCAGACACUUAAAGAUGUGUUCUGCCAUCUCCUUUUGAUUCGAUGGCCAAACUAACACCACCCUUUUUUAUACCCUGCUUCAGUUGGCAACUCAUGAAACCAAAGCAUGCAUUGCAGAAUAGCUUUAAAUUCCCCAGACACUGUCUUGUUCCCUUGCAUAUUUUACCAUUAAAAACCUAGGAUAGUCUAAAGAAACAAAGGAAAGUUAAUGGAGUUUGUUCCCUGGAUCACUGAGCCUAUACCCUUUCUGCCUUGUCACCAGUGUUCUCACCAGCAAGGCUCAUUAUGCCUCUGAGAUUAUUGUGCUCUUUUUUUUUUAGACUCCUCAAUUCUGUUGAUGACGCCAAAUUUAAUGCCUUGCAUUUCUGUGAUCAGGACCUGGCUGCAAUCACUCUGAAGUUACAGAACAUGCACACAUUUCUUUCUCUCAAAAUAAAAUACUCAACACAGACAACCUACAAUUAACGGGAAUUUAAAACACCCCAUUGCUCCACUUACUUGAUAACAGCAAAUUUAUUGAAUAAAUGAAUCAAUAAUGUUAGUUAACUAAUGCUAUUCAGGUGACAGUUCUUGUCUGUGGUCUUCCAGUUAUCAGUUUGCUUUACUUUGAACUCUUUCGUCCCUCAACUUCCUUCUUUUUCUCCCUUUUGAGAAAGCUGAAGGUGAAGAAGUUAGUUUUAUCAUUCUGCACCCCUCCUCAGGUGCCAGUGUAGUGGUUAGUGCUGGACUAGGACCUGGGAAACCUGGGUUCAAAUCCUCACUAAGUCAUCAAGCUCACUGAGCGACCUUGGGUCACAGUCUCGCAGCCUAUCCUUCCUCACAGGGUUGUUGUGAGGAUACAUUGGGGGGGGGGGAGAAACAUUUUUGCCACCUUGAGCUCCUUGGAGCAAGGUGGGAUAGAAGUAUAAAUACAGAUGUACAGCUCAUGUUCUGAAUUCCUUAGGAGCAGGCAUAGACAUUGUAGCAUUAGAGUUAGUAUCCUGCCCACCAACCAAGCAGGUCUUCUUCAGGACCAGGAGCAGUUUUCCACACGUAUUCAAAGUUGGCACUCUCUUUUGUAGUAUUUUGUGAGGAACGUUUGGCUAGUUUUGCAUAACAGGAAAUGGUCGAUCUGAGAUGAUAUGAGGCCAGUGUUGUGUUUUAGGGUCAGAUUCUCUCUUGCUAACCCUGUACAUAAUUCAGAGCUGCACAUUUGGCAAUCAUUUUCCAGGAGCCAAAUAAACAGACCAUUUCCCACUAAUGUUCUAUACAAAGUAGUAUAAAAUAUUUACUGAAUACUUUUUCACAAAGCUAAGAGAUGAAAGAAGAGAAAUGCUAGUCAACUUUUUCAUUAAAGCAUUUUUCAUGUCAAAAUUUAACUCAAGAAAAAGAGAGAGGAAUUUAAUACCAGUGUCACGCCAUCAGUUUUUAAAGUGUGUAUCCAAAAAUUUACAAAGCAUCCCCAUCUGUCUGUAAAAAGUUGUCAUACAUUUUCUUUACUUGCUUUCAUCACUUUUGAGAUGGAGACUCUAUAUUAGAGACGGUGAAGCAUAGAUCAAAAGAAUCACAUAAACAUCCUAAGAAUACACAUAUUGUAAUGGGGAAUGGAGCCAGGUUCUUUUUGUAGUUUGUCCUCAUGUUACAAAAUUCUUUUUGCCAGCUGAUCCCCACAAGAAUACAGGUUCACAGGCCUUUAAGCUGUUGUGUAAAGUGUUCUUUUUAAAACAAGCUUGUAGAAAUAUUUUGUUCUAUACUGAACUGAAUUUUGUGUGUGUUUUAUAAUAAAAUUGUAGCAUUUUUAACUGUGGUGUUGGCAACUGUGUUUUAAUAUGAUAGCUGUCUUCAAACCUAAAAGGUUUGUUCUUGUGUUUCUGCCCUCCAGACCUUUCAUGGAGGGGGCACCCAAAGAAGGACUCAGAUGAUGAUCACAGAGUCUGGGGUGGAGAGGUGGUCCUGAACCAUUUAAGGCUUUAUAGCGCUUUGAAAUAGCCCUGUAAACUACGUGGCAGCCAAUGCAGUUGAACCAAGAUUGGCAUUGUAUGCUCAAACCAUCUUCCCCUGGUCAGCAGCCUGGCUGCUGAAUUCUGCACCAGUUGAAGUUUCGGAAACCGUCUUCAGAUGCAGCCCCAUGUAUAACGCAUUGUAGUAAUCUAACCUAGAGGUUACCAGAGCAGAGAGAACAGAAAUUAGGCUAUCUCUGUCCAGACAGGGAUGGAAGGCACUCCUCACCACUGAGGCCACCUGAGCCUCAAGUGACAGUAAUGGCCCCAGAAGUACCCUCAAGCUGCGUACCUGCUUCGUCAGAGGGAGUGUAACCCCAUCAAGAGCAGGCAACCUCCGAUUCAUCUGGUCUAGGGAACAAACCCACUAGCAGUGCCUCAGUCUUAUCUGGAUUGAGCUUCCGUUUAUUGGCUCUUAUCCAGUCCAUUACCAAGGCAAGACAACAGUCCAAUACAUACAUGGCCACACCUGCAAAUGUAGAAGAAAAGUAGAGCUGUGUGUCAUUAGCAUAUUGCUGACAACUUACUCCAAAACUCUGGAUGAUCCCACUCAGCGGUUUCAUGUAGAUGUUAAACAGUAUGGGGGAUAAAAUCAAACCCUGAAGAACCCCACAUUGAAGGGUCCAGAGCAUGGGUAGGCAAACUAAGGCCCGGGGGCCUGAUCCGUCCCAAUCGCCUUCUAAAUCCGGCCUGCGGUCCGGGAAUCAGCGUGUUUUUAACAUGAGUAGAAUGUGUGCUUUUAUUUAAAAUGCAUCUCUGGGUUAUUUGUGGGGCACAGGAAUUAGUUCAUUACCCCCCAAAAAAAUAUAGUCCGGCCCCCCACAAGGCCUGAGGGACAGUGGACUGGCCCCCUGCUGAAAAAGUUUGCUGACUCCUGGGCCAUACGACCGAAAAGCACUCCCCAAGUAUCACCCUUUGGAGAUGACCAUCCAAGUAGGACCAGAACCACCGCAAAGCGGUGCAACCCACCCCAGCUUGGGUAGCCGCUCCGAAGGAUACAAUGGUUGAUUGUAUUGAAACUUGCUGAGAGGUUGAGGAGAAUUAACACUUUCCCCAUCUCUCUCCUGACAGGGUGACUAAAGCAGUUUCUGUGCCAAAACCAGGCCUAAACCUCGAUUGAAAUGGAUCUAGAAAAUCAGUUUCCUCCAAGAGCA